AUGGGCGGUAGUGAGGCAGAUGGCCCAACAGCAGACGAUGACGAGGCAUUGGGCGAAGGGAAGAAGAAGAAGAGUCUGUCUGCUCUCUUCAUCAGGUUGGGGCUUGACAAACCCACUCUGCGCGCCAUGUUCAAAGGCUCCGUUCCGCCGUUGAUAGGCAUUGCCAUGUACCAGGCCCCAGCAGUAUCGUCUUACUUCCAGACCGUGGGCUAUAUCGUGCCUAUCAUCAGCGUCCUCGCUCUAGCCUUGCUGCCGAGGGGCAAGUUCAUGAUGAACUUUGUCCUCAAUCUCCUCGCCGUCACCUUCGGCGCCGCCGUGUCCAUGUUGGCCCUCUGGUCGUCAGUCCAAGCCCGCUAUCACACUUCGCCUGCAGACUCACCACCCUCUCCACGCCCGCCAUACAACUCCAGUCAGUCAGCCGUAUGCGCCGUCUGGCUAUUUUUCAACAUCUGGUUUGGCAAUGUCGUGCGCGCAAAGCUGCCGGCCUUCAACAUCCCCGUCAUCAUCUACAGCAUCCUCGUAAACAUUUCCACAACAUACGGCCCGUUCAUGGCAACCACAAGCGCCGCCAGGGCUUUCAUUGAGCAGCUAUUCACAGCCAUGCUGGUUGCUCUCGCUCUGGCCCUGGCCGUAAACAUUUUCAUCUUCCCGGUCAGCAGCCGCCUGGUCGUUUUCAAGCAAUUCGCUGCCGGUAUCGGCUUGCUCAGGCAGAUUGUCUCAUUGCAGAAAUCCUAUCUCAUCGGUCUCGAAUCAGAAGACAUGUUUGCCGUUGCCACCCGUACCGAGACCCUGCUGGAGAAACUGGGAGGCAAGGGAUCGCGCCAGGGUGCGGAGGUGCCAAAGUUGACCAAGGAGGCAAAAGCAGCAAGAGCAUUGCAGGAAGCAGGCGCAAAAAUGAGAGAGCUCACCGGAAAACUGCAUGCCGACAUGCCAUUUGCCAAACGCGACAUUGCAUGGGGCAAGCUGGACGCAAAAGACCUGAGCGAGCUGUCCAACCUCUUCCGCAAUGUCUACAUUCCAGUGCUGGGCAUGAUGACCAUCAUUGACAUCUUCAAACGCGUUUCUGAGCAUCGCGGCUGGGAUACUGCCAAGGAUGCCCCAAGAGAGAUUGUGGAAGAGAAGGACAUGGAGAAACAUGUUUGGAACGAAGUCAUGAAACAAAUGCAUGACCCGUUCGAGAUAUUGUCUGAGGCUAUUGAUCAGGGACUCGAACAUGCCGGAUUGUGCUUGGAGCUGCUCCCACGCCCAAAAAAGGCCUCGAAAAAAGCCGGAAAGGCAGCCCGGGAUCCUGACAAAGUUGACAUCGAGGCGGGCGAAGGACUCAGGCCCGGCGACCCAGGAUUUGCCAGGGUCAUUGACGAGAAAGUCCAAGCCUUCCACUCAAGGAAGGGAGAGUUGCUGAGGACGUGGAUUCGAGAGAGGGGUUUUGAUUUCGACGAAGAGAAUGACAACCGAUCCUCCUUCCGCAGAGAGCGAGAUCAAGCACAACUCAACAUCGUCCUCUACAUGGAGAAUCUGAUGCAUGCCUCUGGCGUGGCUGUCCAAGAACUCGUUGCAUUUGCCGACGAAAAGGUCGGGGACGGAACAAUGUCCAAAAGACGGCUCAUCAAGCCUUCGUUCCGCCGCCUGCGCAAGUGGUUCUUGGCUGUGUUUAGCAGCGAGGACUCCUCGGCCGAACAGGCGCCUGAUAUCAUGGAGACCGGUGCAAACAUUGUUUUCUUCGGAGACGGGUACAACCAGAAGAAGGACCCCGAACAUCUUCCCCCUGCUACGACUUGGCAACGCUUUGGCAAUUGCUUGCGAAAGAUUCCCAAGUUUUUCGGGUCCGAAGAGUCCAUGUUUGGGUUCAAAGUGGCGUGCGCGACCAUGUCAGUUGGGAUCGUGGCCUUUUUGGAGCGCACACAGCACUUCUUCAUGGAACAGAGGUUAGUCUGGGCAAUGAUCAUAAUCGCUAUCGGCAUGACUAUGACCUCAGGUCAGUCCUUCUUCGGCUUCCUUUGCCGGGUUGGGGGCACGGUCGUGGCCAUGUGCUUCUCCCUUAUCAUCUGGUACAUCGUUGAUGAACGGAUUCCGGGGGCCAUAGUGUUCCUCUGGCUCUCCCUCUUCCUCCAUUACUACUUCUUCAUCAAGUAUCCCCGAUUCGUCCCGGCUGUCAUGAUUGCCAUCGUCACGCAGGUCUUGAUUAUUGGUUACGAACUCCAAGUUCUUACCAUCGGCCGCGCGGUUGCAGAACAAACCGGCCAACCUGUUUAUUCGACAUACUUAUUAGCGCCAUACCGCCUCGCCUGCGUCGCAGGUGGCAGCCUUGUGGCUUUCUUCUGGACCAUCUUCCCAUCGCCACUAACCGACCGGACCUGGUUGCGUCGUGACCUGUCUGCUACUCUUUACCUUGUGGCCAAUUACUUUGGCGUCAUCAGCUCAACGCUUCAGUCGAAUGUUCGCGGCACGGCUGGCAACGUCAACAUUCCAGGCACGCCGGCGCAUCAGUUGUCAAAGAUCGGCAGGAAGAUUUUUGGCAAGGUCAUGAUGUUGAUCCCUUCCAUGUCACAGCACUCUGAGUGGCAAAAGUGGGAGCCCACCAUUGGCGGCAAAUUCCCGCGAGAGGCCUACGACGAUAUCAUCCUUCGAAGCACCCGUGUGAUGGCUUAUCUGACGCUGGUCAGCUACACGCUAAUGCACCCCUGCAUUAUCCGCUUGAGAGGCCGAGCGGACCGUGAUAGGCGAGACUCCAGACGCCCUCGGUCGCGGGGCAACCCGGUCCCUCUCGCCUCUCGCUCCUCCUCCAUGUCAAGCAGCAGCCGGGAGUGGCUAAGCGCGCUUGCAGAGGUCCUCACCACCCUCAAGCCAACCCACCACGCCAUAGUGUCCACGUUGACCCUCCUCUCAAACUCUCUGCUCUCAGGUCAGCGUCUCCCGCCUUUCUUGCCCCUCCCACGACCGUACGACAUGACGGCUGCGCCCGCAGUGUCUGACAGGGAUGACGAUGGUGAUGCCGGCCCAAUCAGGAUGGUAAAUUCGCGCACCGGGCUGGCUGACUCCCAUGGCGAGAGCAGCGGUGGGGCUUGCCGCAAUGCCGCGGUGGCGAGCAUCCUCGACCCGCGCAAUAUGGAGCAGCCCGGCUACGCUGAAUUCGCGGUGCUCCAAGUGUGCACCACGCUCGUUUGCGACGAUCUCGAGGGCCUUGUCAAAGCUGUGAGCGGCCUGGUUGGGGUAGUCGAUUUUAGCUUCCGGCUUGCGGGCAUCAGCGACUCAACACUUGAUUUAGGGGGCGGUAGCGAUGCGACAAGUACGAAGGGGAAGAGGGAGUGA